AUGGGGAAAGAGAAGUUUUUGGAUGUCCUGAGAAGGGUUGGCUGGGGUUCUGGGUUCGAUGGGAAAGCAAAGAGAGACCGAGAUUUAUAUACCACCAGCACCAAUGAAUUUGUUGAAGAGUGGUUGUAUCACAAACUGAUGGUACCCCAUCUCCAUGCUGUCGACGUUGACGUCCCUUUCGAAAUUUUGCGCAAGGAUGAGCACAAGCUUGAACGGGUUGCUUUGGGUAGAGAAUUCCAUAUAAGUCUGGGAAAAUCUGUUCCAAUCCGAGUGCACCAGGUUGACUCCCUGUUCACAAUGCUUCGGCAGAAGCUUCAGAUUCAGAGGCGGUAUGAACAUAAUUCUAUUGCUGGGAGGUUUUUAGUUAACAAUGAUCACACCCGGACCUUUGUGUCGAUAGAAGUUAUUGCUGCUGGGUUAGCUGAGAUAACAAAGCAGAUUCAAGCUGUUAAUGAGGUGUAUAAGCUUCACAAUCUUCCUGAAUUUUACAAGGUUAGCAUUGGUUAAUUGGAG